CUGAACCAAUUCCGACACUUCCGGUUUCUGUCAACAUCAUUUACGCUAAUUUCAGUAAAUCCAAAAGUGUCAACGAUAGAUUGGUGAGUUGCUUGAACAAAGUAAUCCACUUCAACAAGGAAUGAAAUCUCACAACUGCUAGACACAAGCAACAAAUGAGCAACAAUUGCACUCAAUGGACGUAUUGCCACGAUGUGAGAAACAAAUGCAAAGUGUCGCCUAAUUUGCAUCGCAAGAAUGCUAGUUUGCAACCACCAUAGCUAGCUAACGUUAAAUAGUAAUAGUUAGGUUGUUACAGUCAGUAGCUUGUUAUUGUAAGCGUUGUUAGAUUUGACAGUAAGCAAGGUUUGACAUGGAAUGUAUGUUGCUCUUGGUUGGAUAGCAACAUAGCUAGUCAUACAAUAUUUGAGUACCAGUUUACUAGUUAGCUAACUAGCUAGUAAAGAGCUAGCUACCAGUUUAGCUACUUUCACCAGUGCUUUGCUAGCGAAAGGUUAGCUAGCUAGUUGUCAACAGGAAAUACAACACUUCACACAUUUAGCGAAAUACUUUAAGUGGUAAUCUAACUAGUCUGUUAACGUUGGUUUUGGUCAGAUUAGAAUGGAGAACCAACUUUGAUCGUCCAUUUUGUUUGUUGUCAUUAUCUAACGUAAGCUAGUUAGCUCAUUAACACGAGCUGCAAACUUGAGUUAAAGUGACUCUUAAGCCUACAUUCAAAAUGUGGCUCCAGCAAAGACUAAAGGGCCUACCAGGUGUGCUGUCAAGCAGCUGGGCUAGAAGAAUGCUCAUUGGACUGCUGGUUUUCCUCAUCUUCUACUGGUACCUUAGCUCAGAGGGCGCUUUGAGGUUGUUUAGUGGCUCAGGUCAAUCAGGGGGGCCUGCUGGACAAUGCCUCCAGACUGAGAUCCACAGGUGGAAGUCACUGGUGGACCGGGGGGAGGGAAUCUACAGCACUCCCCAGGAGAAAGCGGUCACACCUUUUGUCACCGGUAACGGCCAUUUCCUGGUGGACAUUGACUCCAACAGACUGUGGGUGGCCUCGUCCUCCCAGCCCGGCUCGGCCCCUGUCCACCAGACUGAGUAUUCGCCCAUAGUGGGUGUCCACCUCCCUGGGAAGCGGGCCGAGGCGAGUGCAACCAUGCUCUGGUUCCGCAAAGGGGCUGUCCUGUCCGUCCACUGUGUCCUCCCGGGGGACAGCUCCGGGUCAGCCCGUGACUGCCUCACCGUCCGAGAGGAGUUCAUUGCCCACCGCAGCCGGCCCAACGUCUACCUCCAGAGGAUCCACGUCAACAACCCCUCGGAGCGGGCCGCCACCCUGGAGGUUUCCACUGAACCGUCCUUGUUCGGGAGCAAGUUCUCAGCCAGCGUGGAGAAGGUGGAGGACAAAGACGUGGUGCUGUCGUCGGGCCGCGUGGUUCUGCCGGAGAAGAACCAGAUAUUGCUGGUGGUGGUGGCCACCAAGAAGCUGGGCAGCCGCAUCCAGGUGGCGGCCAAGUCGGAGUAUGCAGAAAGUGUGCUGUCGGUGGUGUGGACAUCGGAGCCCAUUGAGUCGACCAAGUUGCAGGAGACCUUCACUAGGCUUAGAGAGGGGGCCAAGAAAGAGCUGGGCGAGCUGCUGAGGGCUAACAUAGAAGAUCUGGUCCAGGACCACCAACAGGCCUGGAUGGACCUCUUCAUCUCUGGGGUGGAGAUGCGUAAGAUCACUGACUCGCAUACGCCGUCCAGCGCCACGGUCAACACCACACUCUACUACGUCCUCUCGGCCUCGCCGGCACCCCUGCUAGACCGCCGCCUGGGCCCUGAAGAACGCGCCCGUCUGGAAUCCAGCCUCAACUACGCCGACCACUGCUUUAGUGGGCAUGCCACCAUGCAUGCCGAUAACCUGUGGCCGGAGCGGGUCAGCAGUGUGGCCCAAGUCCUGCAGCUGGUCACCCUGUGGACCCUCACCCUGCAGAAGAGGGGUUGCAAGGUGCUUGUGGCGGCAGGUGCCCAUGGCGUCAUGCAGGGUGCCGUACUCAGCUUCGGAGGCCUCUCCUUCAACGAAAACCACCUGCAGUUCCAGGCGGACCCGGACGUGCUGCACAACAGCUAUGCGCUGCGAGGCAUCCACUACAACCAGGACCUGAUCAACCUGGCUGUGCUUCUGGACGCCGAGGGCAAGCCCUUCCUGCACGUGUCGGUCAAACCCUUCCUGCAUGUGUCGGUCAAGCCCCAGGAGAAACCCGUAGCGCUGUACGCCUGCGAGGCGGGCUGCCUCAACGAGCCGGUGGAGCUGACGUCGUCAAUGGUAGAGUCCAAGGGCCACGUGUUCCCGGUGAUGGUGACGCAGCCCAUCACACCACUGCUCUACAUAUCCACAGACCUGCGCCACCUGCAGGACCUGCGGCACACACUGCACCUCAAAGCCAUCCUGGCACACGAGGAGCACAUGGCCAAGCAGGACCCGGGCCUGCCCUUCCUCUUUUGGUUCGGCGUGGCUUCUCUCAUCACCCUCUUCCACCUCUUCCUCUUCAAACUCAUCUACAAUGAGUACUGCGGCCCCAGCGCCAAGCCCCUCUUCAGGAGCAAGGUGACGAAGCCAAGUGAGGAAAUGGAAGCUUAGGAAGCAGCCAUGACAUCACAGGUGCAGAGUAGCAGCCAGCGAUGGCAGCAUGAGACAAAUUACAUUUCCAUAAAGUGUGUUACUGUUCAUGUCAUUGUUUGUCAAUGAUUUGCAUUGAGAUGGUCAAGAAUGUUUAUUUGACUUUUGACAUUGUUGGAGCUGAAUUCAGAGAAACAUGUUGGAGCUGAAUUCAGAGAAACAUGUUGAAGCUGAAUUCAGAGAAACAUGUUGAAGCUGAAUUCAGAGAAACAUGUUGAAGCUGAAUUCAGAGAAACAUGUUGAAGCUGAAUUCAGAGAAACAUGUUGAAGCUGAAUUCAGAGAAUGAAGCACACCUCACCUGAUGACCUCUUUCAUUGGCAAGGCUAACGAAAGUCUGUCACUGUUUACAAUGCUUCCAUUUAUUUUGGCUGGAUGACCCCCUCGGUUUGAACGAAGAAUAGGGAUUCUAUUUAUAUGGUUCUAGACAUAGCUCUGUUUUGUUUCUACCAUAUAGAAUUCUGAAAAAUGUCAGUUAUCCCUUCACCUUUUUUCAAGAUGGUGGAAACCUAACCCAAGCUACACACAUAUAUAUUUUACCCUGCGAUCAUAACCAAGUGGGAAGGUGGUAUUUACCGCGUACGCCUGGGGAAAAUCCACUGGUAAUUACUAGAGGUAAACUUGUUUAUCAUCCCUGAGCUCCUACUUCUCCCACAUGCUGACCUCUGACGUCACCUACUAAGGAAAUGACCUCUAACAAAAUUUUCAGCAAUUUAAUCCAACAAAACAUUAUUUAUAAAAAGCAAUCAAUUAAUAUUGUUUUUGAAAACCGUAAUUUGAUCAACUAAAAGUACAGCUAUUAACGCUGUGGUUGACUCCGCUUGUUGGCCAUUAGCCAAUCUGCGUUUGUCAACGAGUUCAAUGCAUGUGAACAUGUCCAACUGGAAUUUACGACUUCACAAGUGGUUAUUAUUGCAGCUUUACAAAAUCAUCUCCAGUAACAAUGGAUUGAGAUGUAAACAUUGACAUUUAAAUGAGCCAUGGUUCUUUUAGUUGGUUUACUUAAAUUGGUUUUGUAGCCUGUAUGUUUCCAGUUUCCACUGCCACUUCACACUGUUCACUCUGAGACAUUAAAACUGAAAUAGAAUUACAUUUGGACAUGUAGUAGAUUUGUCUACUCUUAACAUUUAAAUGUGCGGUUGCAGCACAUUAUGUUAAUUGAUCCACCAUGAUUUAGUGAAAUAAUGCACAUUAACUUAAUGUUUAAAUACUCCACAAUUACUAGAUAAGCUGAGUUUCUACAACUCUGAUUUAUUGUGAAGUGUGACUUAAUUGUUUUCUUCAGUUUUUGUGCGUUUUUUUUGUUGCAUUUAUUGUUCAUCUUUGUUUAUAUAGCAUUUUUAAGGGCUUUUUUCGCAUCAGUUAUUUUGUUUGUAACUAACUACUGAGUGUGCCUUAACAAGUUUAAUUUAUUCUGAUUACACCUAGAAUUUGGUUGGAUUGUAUUUGAAUAUUGUAUGAUAAUGUGAUUUGGGGGAAAAUAUGUUGUAAGUUUAUUUCAAUUUGGAUAAAGAAUAAAUGUAUACAAAGAAUUUGAAUUAAGAUGUAAAUAUGUUAAACAAUUUCUGACAGUAUACAUUAACUUGUUUGUGAAUUGAAAGUGAAAUCUGUAUUUCUAAUCAAAGUUAUUAGGCUCUAUGCACGUGUGAAGGGGUUUUAAUUAUGGUUUUAAUUAAAUUGGUUUAAUUACCAAAGGAUGGUAUAUAGCUCUUAAACUACAUAUUGUUUUCGACUAAAUUGAAUGUCCUUUGCAUUCUCUCACCCCACCAAAAAUAAAAUGAUAUCAAAGAUG